CGUUCUUCGGAAUACAUGGCACAUACCGUGGUGGCGGUUACACAACAGCACUUGGGAGGAAUAUGACAUCGAGUGCAGCUUUGUCAGCAUACCUGGAGCAGCACAACUGGCUGGACGAGCGAACCCGUGCCGUCUUCGUAGAGCUGAUCCUCUACAACCCACACGCCAACCUGUUCUCCGUGGUGUCGAUAGUGGUGGAGUUCACUCAGCUCGGAGCUGCCUUUACCAGUGGAGAGGUUGUGUCGCUGAGGCUCAUCCAACACGAUGCCGUCCUCCUGCUGGCACUGCGGGCUUUGCUGGCGGCAUUUCUGCUUUUCUUCGUCGUCAAAGAAGCCAAGAGCUUCUACGGUCAGCCACUUGAGUACCUAUGUGAGUUUUGGAGCUGGUUGGAACUCUCGGUCAUCGUCUUUGGUUUUGGCAGCCUUGGAGUCUACUUCAACGCACAGGGCAUCAUCGACAAAACCGCUGAACAGCGUAGUUCUGGGAUCACCGUAUUUGAGAUCUACAAAAGCGCAGUGAACUGGUUUCAAAUUUACACGUACCUGUUAGCAAUUUUCAUUUGUUUUGCUACACUUAAGUUCAUUCGGCUCUUACGGUUCAACUCACACGUUUAUGCUCUAAGCAUGACGAUCAAAAAGUCAUUUAAUCCAGUUAUGAAGUUCUUCGUCAUAGCUGGCAUCAUUCUCAUGGCCUUUACACAGAUGGGGAAUCUUCUGUUCGGCAUCAAACUCCAGGAUUACAAGAACAUCCUGACCAGUCUGACCAGCCUGUGUACCAUGAUGUUAGGUAGUUUUGAUUUCGAUGCUCUCGUCGAUGGCCAUUACAUUCUCGGCCCUGCGAUGUUCUUCUCCUACCAGGUCUUGAUGCAGUUCAUAUUACUGAGCAUGUUCAUGACCAUUAUUAUGGAUGUGUACGCCGAGGAAAGUCAGGAUCCGAACACGGAUGACUUACAGAUGGUCGCAUUUGUAAAGGAUUCAACCUCCGAGACAGUAGACAAAGCAAAGCAUACUCUUUCGGGGGUCAGAAAACGAAAGCCGAAGAAAACAGAAGCGCCUGAUCCUAAGAAUCUGAACAAAUUUGCAGUUUUCCUUAACGAACUUGACGACCCAAAUAGAAUUUAGCCCGUUCCGACAAUUGUCAUGUAUUUUAUCGUUACGUCAGUUGAUCUGUAGGUUUUGUUUUGCAUUUCACCAAAGUUUUAAUAUAUAUCGAAACUAAUCUAUAAUUUUGAUACAAGUAAAAGGUGGCGAACACCAUUUAUAUGAGUAACCAUAUACAUUAGUAGAUGUUAAUACUUUGAACCGGGUGAAUAUAUAUGUGUUAUAUUUUUGACUUUGACUAAUGUUUGUGAUUUUAGUGUUGAGAAUACGUCAAAACUAGUCUUUAGCUUUCUUUGUACAUUUCAUGUAAGUUUUGAUAUAUUUUGCAACAUUGA